UCAGUUCACAUUUGAGGAACAGUCUUGUUUCUACUGCUGUGUGAACAGAAGGACCAAUCGCGCUUAAUCCCAUGAAUCCAGCGUCGGUGUUUGGCGAUGGCAUUACUGAAGAUGUGGAGCAUCCCGCCCCUCGCUGCUCUCCUCCUCCUAUCCAUCGUUCCCACUGGAUCCAAAGUGGUGGAUUCAAUGUCAGAAUGUGCAGAGUUUCUCCUUAACGAAACUCCACCGAAUGUCCCAGGAAUCCUAGAGGGAGGGAACAUCCUGGACCAGAACAGAUACAAACCCAUUUGCCAGACUUUCCACGGCAUUAAACGUUAUGUGACGCUCUACGACACGAAAAACAAGAUCCCAGUGUUUUCUGCUUCCAAGUACAUCGGAACAAACAGCACAAGACCUAAGAACAUUUGGAAAAUAGAACCCCAGCUUGAGGACAUUCAUGGCAAUGAGAACAUGAGGAAGGAUGGCAAAGGAAAGACCUACAAUAAGCAGGCUGGGAAUUCUGACUACACCAACCACUACACCAAGCGAGGGUUCGACAGAGGGCAUUUAUUUCCAUGCUCUUACGCCUCUACAGCAGAUGAUAAGAAGUCUACCUUCACCCUCACCAACAUUGUUCCACAGAAUGGUUUUUUCAACAAGGGAAGCUGGAACAAAAUGGAGAUCUGCAUCAAAUGUGUUCUGGACGAAUAUUGCAUCAAUAACAACAAAAUCAAAGAAGGAUUUUUGGUCAUUGGAGCCCAGCCAGGCAACAACAUCAUUUCAAACAAGGUUAAUGUCCCGUCCAUGCUCUGGUCUGCGUUCUGCUGCUACAGUCACAGUGAAAACAGGUGGCUAGCAAGUGCCCACUGGGGCCCAAACAUUAAUAAAACAGACAAAUAUCUGCAGAUCAAGACCUUGGCAGAGCUCCAUAGUGAACUGAGCACAGUGAGCUCAGCAUUUGAAGUGUUUCCUGGAAUCACAAUGUCCUCUCCACACAACUGUCACUGAGUUUUACCCAAAACUAAAUGCUGGAAACAAACAAUGCCAAUGCCCACCACCCAUUCUGACUACUUCUGCCGCUCCAAAUCUACGGCCCCUAGUACCGCAUCUGGACCUCUUAAUACCUCAUCUGGCCUACUUUCUAGCACCUCUGAUCCUUACAGCACAACAUUUGCUGAUCUAACUACUACAUCUGGCCCACUGAGUUCUUCAUCUGUUCCACUUUCUACGACAUCUGCCCGAUUCACUACCACAUCUGACCUUUACAGUACAACAUCUGACCCACUUUCUAGCACAUCUGGAACUCUUUCUACAACAUCUGGAACUCUUUCUACAACAUCUGGCACUCUUUAUACCACAUCUGCCGAUCUUACUACCACAUCUGCCCCCAGAGAUGGGGUCGUUACUAAAAAAAAGUAAUAUAUUACAUAUUACAUAUUACUUAAAAAAAAGUAA